AUGACAAUUGAUCCAAAUACAAUAUCGGCGGAAACUACUCCAUUUGCACUUAUCGACGAAUACAGUGCUAUUGAAACUGAAAAAGAAAUUUUAUUUUCAAUGCAUACUGUUUUUCGUGUCGACGACAUCAAACAAUCAAUUAGCAAUAGUCGUCUGUGGGAAGUUCAAUUGAGUCUCACCGGCGACAAUGAUCCACAAUUAGCUACUCUUACUAAAACCAUACAAAAGGACCUCUGUGGAUCCACCGGAUGGCAUCGAAUGGGAGAUUUGAUGAUCGAAGUGGGCCACUAUAAUCAAGCUGAAGAACUCUACAAUGAAUUACUGAAGAACGCUUCCAGUGACGGUGACAGACAACAUAUCUAUCAUAUGCUUGGAUUUUUAAAAAACGAAAAAGGACAAUAUCAAGAAGCAGUUGCAUUUUAUGAAAAAUCACUGAAGAUCAAUAGAAAAACUCUUUCGGAAGAUCAUUCUUCAUUGGCUCCUACCUAUACUAACAUUGGUCUUGCGUAUAACAACAUGGGUGACUACUCGAAAGCACUUGAAUUUUACGAAAAAUCACAUAAAAUCCUCGAAAAAGCUCUGCCUCCGAAUCAUCUCGAUUUGGCUAUUUCCUACAACAACAUCGGUGGAGUGUAUGACAACAUGGGUGACAACUCGAAAGCACUUGAAUUUUGCGAAAAAGCACAUAAAAUAAAAGAAAAAGCUCUACCUCCAAAUCAUCCCUCAUUGGCUACUUCCUACAACAAUAUCGGUUUUGCGUAUUCCGGCAAAGGAGACUACUCAAAAGCACUUUCAUUCUUAGAAAAGGCACUUUCUAUCUGGCAAAAAUCACUUCCACCUAACCAUCCUAAUAUUAAAACAGUCACAAACUCAAUUGACUAUGUAAAAAAGAAAAUGUAA